UCUCUUCUCUCUUGUUCUUCUUCUUCUUCUUGUCUCUCUCCUUCCUUCCUUCCUUGCUUGCUUCCUGGCUCUCCUCCUUUUUUUUUUCUUGGUUGUUUGCGCGCGCGCUUUCUCUUUUAUUUUUAUUUUUUUUCCCACACACACACUCUCUCUUACAUUUUGUUAUUAUCCCAUGGGCUCACUGUGAGUAUUUCUUUUACUUUUAUUUUUAUUGUAUUUUGGGGACAUUAUUGUUCAUAGUAGAUGCUCAUUGUUGUUGUUGGGGUUUGCAAAUGGCAGUCAGCAAUCAACGCCCACUCCCAUUACAACUAUUGCUGGAACAACAACGACGACAACGACGACGACGACGACAAGGAAAUUACCACCACCAGCACUCCCUACUACUUUUGACGGUGGAGCAUCCGUGGUGGUCUGCUGCGGCAUACACAUGACAAUGGACCAGUACACUCGCCAUCGCCAACACGGUCAUCCCGUUCAGCGCAGUCAGUCGGAUCCCAUGCUCUCCAUGCCCCGUUCUGCCUACCCUUACUCGCCAUCUGACCACCUAUCGCCUCAGUAUCCCGUUCCGUCUUCUCCCGUUCAUCAUCAGCAUCAUUUGACACAGCAACCACAUCAGCAACAACAACCACAGCUACCACAGCAACAACAACACGGCUUUGUCGUGCCAUCGCACAUGCCUUGGAACGGGUAUGCCCUUCCCCACAUUCAAAUGGCCGGCCACAUGCCAAUGCAAAUGUCGGCCCACGUCUCGCUUCCCAACCUCGUCACAGACCCACAUUUUCAGCAUCCACAACUGCAUCAUCAUCAACAACAGCAGCAUUACAACAAUAACAAUCAUCAACAGCAUCAAUCAAAUGUCUCCAUGUUCCACCCUUCCCCAACCGGCACUGGUCUGCCGUCCCUCCCCACUCCCGUCUUUUCCACCUUUGAAGACAUUCUCUCGGCAAGCAGCUAUCACUCUCAGCAUUCUUCUGUGCCUGCCGAUAUAGACUAUCAUCCCCCCUCUCAUCAAACUCACAUUACUCCGCAGCAGCAAUGGUCCCCCAAAGCCCCCACUGUCCAGUCCUCGCUCCCCACUCCCCCCUUUUCCGCUCCUACCAGCGGCGGCGAGCUGCAUCACUCGCGCAUCCCGCCCCCUCUGGCUCCCCCCACCUCCCCAUCAGACUGCAGCACCGCCGCUUCCGAAACGUAUUCGCUCAAAUAUGAGGAUCCUAUGGCGUAUGACGAUGGGCACUCUGCUGCUGCGGACCAUCCGUCCUCGUCGUCGUCGCCCCACAUUGACUAUGGACUUCCGUCCGGCACCGUCACUCCUUCGAGCACUUGGUCGUCGCCUGCACCCUCCAUCCCCACGUCCCCCGUGCCUCCCUCGCGACAAUCUCAUCAAAAUGGGAAUGUACCGACGCAGCCGCGCGUGUACCGCUGCUUUGUCCCGGAUUGUCCCAAAACGUAUGGAACGGGAGCAGGGCUGCGGUACCAUCUCCGUCACUUUCACAAAAUGUCGCACAUUCCUCGCCAACCACCUGUGCGCGUUGCGCGAGUCAAGCCCGAUUUCUAUCCUUGUCCGAAAUGCUCAAAGCAGUACUCUACCGCUGCUGGAUUGCGGUACCAUAAAAAGACGUUUACGCAUCCCGAGGAUGUCGCUGCGAGCUUGUCUGACAAACAACAACAACAACAACAACAACAACAAUUACAAGAAGCGACACGAUCGUUACCGCCUGGUCCCGACAUUGAAGAGGAUGCAGAGGGUGAUGAGGAUGAGGAAGAGUAUGGUGUUGGCAAUAUCGUGGCUGAAGUCGACGAUGGACAAAGGGGUUUGGGAGAGAUUUCGCCUCUGCAGGAUGUACUGUUUCAAGGCGGAUGGCAUGGGUAGACUAGAAAGAGUAUCGAGUUUUAUGUUUUGUCGUUUUUUUGCAAAAGGUUUAUAUUUUUUUUUAAUUUUUUUUUAAACACGACAGUUGCUUGCUUUUUUUUUCUUGUUAUUUGGAGCGGGGAGAUUGGGGAAAAACUGUUGAUCCUGCA